AUGGGAACUGCGAUUCUCCGUUCCCACGAUUGCCUUCAACGUCGGUAUCUUCCUAACGACUCCUUGUCAUCCUCUUCCUCACCGAUUCGAUCUCAAAAAAACUGUAGCCCCAACCCUAACUACAAGUCCAAUGUCAAUCAGAAUCGUCGCCGGAACCGGAGUCCGGUGUCCGCCUUUCCGGCGGCUAAACAGCACGAUCGGAGAAAGUCCGGUGAACGGACGUUUGAUAAGGUUGCUCCGGUGAAUCUUGUCAUGGGAAAAGUUAAGAUUCUCAAAAGAGGUGAGAAGUUGACUCCGGAUAUUAGCUAUGAUUCAGGACUCGUUGUGAAGGCUAUGGAUCUGAAGUUGGACCAACCUGAACCAGUAGCCAUGAAGAAGCAGAUUAGGGUUUCAGAUUCGAAUUUGAAAGACGCAAUUUAUGCUGGGUCGACGAUUUUUUCUUCUCCUUCUCCGAGUUCCGUUCCGGUUCCUUUGUUUUUGCGGAAGAACGGUGUGGCCACCAGUGAUUUGCGGCGGUUGUUACGGCUUGAUUAG